AUGUCUGGGGCAGAGGCUUUCAGCUUGAUAUCAGGUAUCAUCACCGUUAUCGAUGCAGCAAUCAAGAUAUACGAUGCUGCUGGAGAUGCUUCAGGCUUACCCACGACUGUGCGCAAUGCAGCAUCUCGCCUUCCACUGAUCCAAGAAAGCCUAAUAAUGGCGAAAGACGGCCUACAAGAAGAGCCCCCUCAACAAUUCUUUUCAGCUUUGAGCUCAACAUUGAAGGCCUGCGGUGAAAGAGUCACGGAGCUGCACAGUCUUUUCCAGAAAUUGAUAGUAGCACCGGGCACUUCACGAGGAGAAAGAUAUGUCAGAGUCAUGAGAAGCGUCUCGCAGAUCGAAAAGGUCAAACGUUUGAUGGAUGAGAUUGUUGCAGAUGUGCAAGUUCUCACACUCCAUCACGUUAUCAAGUCUUCUUCGAGGGAACAGAUGAACUGUCUACUGCACGAGAUCACGAGCACAAGGAGCUAUAACGAGAAUGCGCCAGUGGUAAUGAAUAGCAACGGGCUCGGGAGACACUACGUUCAUAAUGGUGUGGGUGAUCAGAAUAUAGGUGGAGGUACCGGUGUUCAGGUCAACGGACCGUCGAAUGGGAGCACCUUUAACUUUGUGCAAAAUUGA